AUGGAGAGGCUGGAUAGCUACCUGAAGGAGCACUUCGAAGUGCCGGCGAAGAACCCCUCCGAGGAGGCGCAGCGGCGAUGGCGCUCCGCCGUGGGCCUCGUCAAGAACCGCCGCCGCCGCUUCCGCAUGGUGCCCGACCUCGACCGCCGCAGCCAGGACGAGGCCCAGCGACAAUCCAUCCAGGAAAAAAUUCGGCUUGCCCUGGUUGUGCAGAAGGCUGCCAUCACCUUCAUUGAUGGUGCCAAGCAUAAAGACUAUCGGAUAACAGAGGAUAUCAUAAAAGCUGGAUUUUCCAUAAAUCCAGAUGAACUGGCAUCGAUCACAAGCAAGCAUGAUGUGAAAGCUUUGAAGAUGCAUGGUGGGGCGGAUGGGAUAUCCAAAAAAAUCCGAUCGUCAUUCGACCAUGGCAUAUCUGCCAGUGACCUAGACACAAGGCAAAACAUCUAUGGCAUCAAUCGCUACGUGGAGAAACCUUCAAGAAGUUUCUGGAUGUUUGUUUGGGAUGCGUUGCAGGACAUGACUCUUAUCAUUCUUAUGGUGUGUGCUUUGAUAUCUGCUGUUGUGGGUCUGGCAUCUGAAGGUUGGCCCAAGGGCAUGUAUGAUGGCUUGGGAAUAAUCCUCAGCAUUUUGUUGGUUGUGAUGGUUACUGCUAUCAGUGACUACAGGCAGUCACUUCAGUUCAAGGAGCUUGACAAUGAGAAGAAGAAGAUAUUUAUCCAUGUGACCAGAGAUGGCUCUCGGCAGAAGAUCUCAAUAUAUGACUUGGCAGUUGGUGAUAUCGUGCAUCUAUCAAUUGGAGACCAAGUACCUGCUGAUGGACUGUACAUUCAUGGAUACUCCCUUUUGAUUGAUGAGUCCAGCUUGUCAGGUGAGAGUGAUCCAGUUUAUAUUUCUCAAGAUAAGCCGUUCAUCUUGGCAGGAACUAAAGUUCAGGAUGGAUCAGCUAAGAUGAUAGUAACCGCUGUCGGUAUGCGCACUGAAUGGGGAAGGUUGAUGAGCACGUUGAGUGAAGGAGGAGAGGACGAGACGCCGCUGCAGGUUAAGCUAAACGGAGUCGCAACCAUCAUUGGCAAGAUAGGCCUGAUGUUUGCCACAUUAACAUUUGUGGUCCUCAUGGUUAGAUUCCUUAUUGAAAAAGGUUUAACAGUUGGUUUGUCCAAAUGGUAUUCUACUGAUGCACUGACUAUAGUAAACUACUUUGCAACGGCAGUCACUAUUAUUGUCGUUGCUGUUCCUGAAGGGCUGCCUCUAGCUGUUACUUUGAGUCUUGCAUUUGCAAUGAAAAAGCUAAUGAUUGAUAAAGCACUUGUAAGGCAUCUUUCAGCAUGCGAAACAAUGGGAUCUGCUGGUACCAUCUGCACAGAUAAAACGGGAACUUUGACUACUAACCAUAUGGUGGUUGACAAGAUAUGGAUAUCUGAGGUCUCAAAGUCAGUUACCAGUAACAAUAGUUUGGAAGAUCUGACUUCUGCCAUUUCUCCAGCUACAUUGAGCCUACUUUUGCAGGGCAUUUUUGAGAACACCAGUGCAGAGGUAGUCAAUGAGAAGGAUGGUAAGCAAACUGUUUUAGGAACUCCAACAGAAAGGGCAAUAUUUGAAUUUGGCUUGAAAUGGGAAGGUCUUGAUGCUGAGGAUAGGACCUGCACCAAGGUUAAGGUUGAGCCUUUCAAUUCCAUUAAGAAGAAGAUGGCAGUGUUGGUCUCAUUAAACAAUGGCAUGUACCGUUGGUUCACCAAAGGUGCAUCAGAGAUUAUUGUGCAGAUGUGUGACAUGAUGAUAGAUGGCGAUGGAAACAGUGUUCCCUUGUCAGAAGCUCAGAGAAAGAACAUCUUGGAUACUAUCAACUCCUUUGCUUCGGACGCUUUAAGGACACUGUGCUUGGCGUAUAAGGAAGUGGAUGAUUUCGAUGAUGAUGCAGAUAGCCCAACAAGUGGUUUUACUCUAAUAUCCAUUUUUGGCAUCAAGGAUCCUUUGCGCCCAGGAGUCAAGGAUGCUGUGAAGGCCUGUAUGUCUGCUGGCAUCAUUGUGAGAAUGGUGACCGGUGAUAAUAUCAAUACAGCUAAAGCUAUAGCCAAAGAGUGUGGAAUACUAUCUGAUGGUGACGUAUCAAUAGAUGGAUCAGAAUUCCGCAGUAAGAGCCCAGAAGAGAUGAGGGAGAUAAUACCUAAGAUUCGGGUCAUGGCUCGUUCUUUACCAUUGGACAAGCAUACCCUUGUGACAAACUUGCGAGGUAUGUUUGGUGAGGUGGUUGCUGUGACAGGUGAUGGCACGAAUGAUGCUCCAGCAUUACAUGAAGCAGAUAUUGGCCUUGCUAUGGGCAUAGCAGGAACAGAGGUUGCCAAGGAGAGUGCUGAUGUGAUAGUGCUUGAUGACAAUUUUACAACUAUAAUAAAUGUUGCAAGGUGGGGUCGUGCUGUUUACAUAAACAUCCAAAAGUUUGUGCAGUUUCAGUUGACUGUCAAUAUUGUUGCUUUGAUCAUCAACUUUGUUUCAGCAUGUAUUACAGGGAGUGCUCCUCUCACAGCGGUGCAAUUGUUGUGGGUCAAUAUGAUUAUGGAUACAUUAGGAGCUUUAGCUCUAGCAACAGAGCCUCCAAAUGAUGACAUGAUGAAGAGGCCACCUGUUGGGCGAGGGGAAAGUUUCAUUACCAAAGUCAUGUGGAGAAAUAUCAUUGGGCAAAGUUUGUAUCAGUUGGUUGUACUUGGAGUUCUCAUGUUUGCUGGGGAACAGUUUCUGAAUAUCAAGGGCGCAGAUUCCAAAUCUGUUAUCAAUACACUCAUAUUCAACUCCUUUGUGUUCUGCCAGGUAUUCAACGAAAUAAACAGCAGGGAAAUGGAGAAGAUUAAUGUUUUCCGUGGUAUGGUCACCAACUGGAUCUUUAUUGCAAUCAUAGCUGUGACAGUCGUAUUUCAAGUGGUGAUCAUAGAAUUUCUCGGCACUUUUGCAAGUACCGUCCCACUUAACUGGCAGCUUUGGCUGCUAAGCGUUGGCCUUGGAUCGGUCAGCUUGAUUGUUGGUGCCAUCUUGAAGUGCAUACCAGUUACCAAAUCAAAUGAAGUUCCUGCAGGUCCAAAUGGCUAUGCGCCGCUUCCCAGCGGUCCUGAUGACAUAUAG